AUGGUCGGCUCGAAAACACGGGCACCCAGGAAAAAGGGCCGCAUCGCCUCCUCCACGACGGCACCGGCACCGUCACCAGCACCGGAAAGCCCAGCUUCAGCAUCCGCCCACAGCCCCCCCUCCCCGCGCCGCCAGCAGGCCCUCGUCAACAUCUUCGCAGACGCAUUCGCACACGUCCUCUCGUCCGACCGCCUCCCCACGCUGCUCCAGGAGAUCAAGCAAGCCCUGUACAGCAGAGACUUCGGCCGCGCCUUCAGAAACGAGGAGCACCUGGCGGCGUACGCGGCGCGAUGGAGUCCCACGCGCGCGCUGUGCUACGCCUCGGUCCUCGCCCGCAUCGAGACGCACCUCGAGCAGCUGGCCCGGCGCGAGCCCUGCGAGCCCGGCGCGUCCCCGGACCCCCGCCCGACGCUGCGGAUGCUCAGCAUCGGAGGCUGCGCCGCCGAACACGUCGCCUUCGCCUCGUGCCUCGGGCACACCCGGCGCAGCGGCACCCUCAGGCUCCUCGACGCCGCGCCCUGGGAGCACGUCGCCUCCGCGCUGCAAGCCCGGCUGGCUGCCGACGUGGCCCUCGUCGACCCGUCCCGGCUCGCCAUGACCUUUGUCCGGGCCGACGUCUUGUGCCUUGGCCCCGAGGCCCUCGCCCAACACGUCGGCUCGGCCCCGUCCAUCGUCACGCUCAUGUUUACCCUCAAUGAGCUCUACGCCGAGGGCGUCAUCGGCAAGACCACCGCGCUGCUGAGGCAUCUGGGACACGUCCUUCCCGCCGGAAGCUUGUUGCUCGUCGUCGACAGCCCGGGAAGUUACUCCGAGGCGGCGCUGGGCAGGGAGAGGAAGAGGCGCUACCCCAUGCAGUGGCUCCUCAACCACACCUUGUUGGAGGCCGAGACCCCGGGCUACGCUUGGCACAGAUUAGAGUCCGAGGAUUCCACUUGGUUUAGGCUUCCCGAGGGACUCUCGUAUCCUAUUCAGCUGGAGAACAUGCGCUAUCAGAUGCAUCUCUAUCGCAUUUCAAAAAGCCAACCUGUCCGCAGCACAUCGCCGAGCAUGGGGCCAGGGCCGGAAUAA